CGGUGGUGGUGGUGUUGUCAUUCACAAUAUAAUGUAAUGAUUAUAAUUGGUAAAAUAUUAAAAAAAAACUUGGUUAUAACGUUCUAACCUUGUUCUAACCAAAUAAUUUAGUUUUAAAAUUUUUGACGUUUGUUUGACUUUGACUUGUUUGUGUACGAUUUUCAAAUUAAUGUAAUGAUUUCGUAGGUCCAACCUUUACAUUCCGUGUUUUUUUAAACUAUUUUGUUCAGUGAUUGAAGCAAAUAUACACAAAGCCUAUCAUGGAGGUAAAAACAGAGUUACAGAAGAAUGCUAUUGCGUUAGCUCGUCGUAAGGAGCUAGAGAUAUUCCAGCGGGCUUUAGAUGUGCAAUGGAUGAACAAUCGCAUGGAAGACGGCCGUAUGGGCCGCUGCUUGGCGCUUAUACGGCGGGAAGCCGAUAUGGAGAAAAACUUCCAAGAGAGAACAGACCAUGCAGCGAUAGUAAACACAAAAGCAGCAAGAGAAACAGCUCUGGGUAUGGAGAUAGCAAAAGUGCAACGUGAAGAGACAUGUAAAUACAUGCGUCGUCACUACCUUAGGGAAAGAGAUCCCUCAUUACGGCAUCUUGCUACAAAAUUGCAAGCCGGGUAUGUUUGCAGAGAUUUGCAACAACAGAUAUUGCAUAAUGAAUACCGAAGGCUGCAAGAAAAGGCUGAAGAGAAACGAGCGAAUGAUGUUCUCCGUGCAUCCUUAUACUCGGACAUAGAGAAUGAAGAGAUAGAAGACCGCUUGAAGGCAGAGCAAUGCAGCAAAUAUGGCCAGGAGUUGAUGCAGCAACUGGUCUCAAGACAGAGACAGAAGCAAUGCCAGUAUGAGGAUACUCUGAUUGAAAAGAAGAUGCUUGAUGAGAUCUUGAGGACCAUUGCUGAUGAAGAUAAGAGAGAAUUCGAACAAAAGCGCGAAUUGAUGAAGAAAACGCGUGAAGAGAUGGUAACGUUCAAGAAAGCUCAGGACGCGUGGCGCGCGAAGCAGAAACAAAUGGUCAUUCUAGAAGAGAAGGAGAUUGAACGACAGAAGCAGGCCAUGUCGGAUCGCGACGAAGCUGUAGUUGCAGCCAGGCAGCGUCGUUUAGCGGAAAAAGAGGCAAUAAAUGCGAAAAUCGCUGCAAAACUAUUAGCUGAUGAGGAUGCCCGUCAAGAACGCGACAACAUAAUCAAACUGCUGCAAGAACAAGAGUAUUUGGAGAAGAAUAUUAACGAUGAGAUAGCAGAGAAUGAGAAGACGGACAGAGUGAAGCAAGAGACUAAAGAAGCGCUCACCAAACAGAUAGAGGAGAAGAAGAGACUUGCGCAAGAACAACGGGCUAGGGAGGUCGACUUUCGAAGACAGACUGAAGCAAAAAUUCGGGCCGACGAAGAGAAGGAGCGAGAGAAACAGCGUCGCAUCCGCGAGAAGAAUAAAAAACAUUGCGCGGAGUUGCUGGUUCAAGCCGAGGCGCAUCGACAACUCAUUCGCAACGCCAGUGAAGAUGAGGCGAACCGCGCGCGCGCUGUGAAGGAGUAUGAACGCAAAUGGGAAGAAGAAGUAGCAGAAGAGCGCAAGAAGAUAGUAAGGGAACACGUGCCACACUUACUAGGCUACUUGCAAGCCGGCGUGAUCAAAAAGACUGACUUACCGCAAGUACGGGAAGGCGCUAACAAACACCCAGAGUUGGCAAACUUGAACAUAGAGGCGCUCACACAGUCGCAAAGACCGAAGAGGUUUGCUAAGUGUAACGCGCAGUGUUUUAUACUCAGAGAGUAUUAAUUACGGAAUUCAAUUACGAUAAUGUCGAAAGUAACAUCAGGGUCAUUUAUAAAACUCCAAUUGGGGUAGUCAGAGGUACAUCCAUCGCAAAGUACCCGCGUUUCACCGAACCUUUCUUUCAUUUAUGAAUACAUACAUUAUUAAAUCAUAGAUACCAAUUUGACGACUUGGACGCUUGCCGGAGGAGGAGGGGUUCAAAUUUAUAUAAAAAAGCAAUAUUGAUAUUUGACAUUUAUUGGCAUUGUGUACUUACUUUUAUAAUACAAAUGUCAAAUUGAAAUAGUGCUUGUAAGAUAAUUGCCUAAAUAUGGCCUUUUUAGACCCCCUGGUAUUAAGAUUUUCAUAAUUAGACGGAAAAGUUCAUUAAUCAAUUCGAAAGCAUGGAAUGUAUUAAUAUGGCAUGUUUUGUUGCAACAUAAAUAAAUAAGUUAAAUACAUAAUACUAAAUAAAAUAAAUGUGUUUAAAAAAUGUGAUAGCUUCAUGCAUGACGCAUACAUAUGUGAAACAUACUUUAUGCAUUCGACAUUGUUAAUGGAUUGCCAACAUUG